GCUUGUUUAGUCCUCUGCCCUCCGACACUACUGAGCCUGAAGCUGGUUUUAAACAUCCUCCCCCUGACGCCCCUUGAAAUACCAUCUUCAGUGCAAAACCUGAGGAUGUGGAGGUUCUGCUCAGCAAUGGAAAGGAAUUGCUUUUCUUACCGAGGAACUCUCAAGCCACUGUGAAACAGAAAGUGUCUUAAAGUUUGCUGUAAGGAUGAAAACAUCAGCAGGAGAGAAGGGAGCCAGGGAUGACUCAGGCCCUGUUGGAGAUACCAGUGAGGAGGGGAAAGAGACACACCUCUGUCAGGCCAUUGCCCUGCGAAACUGCGUCCCACUUCCAGGGAUCAGCAUCCUUGACAAACUCAUCAAGACGUGUCCUGUCUGGCUUCAGCUGAACAUGAGCCAGGAAAGGGCUGAGGAGAUCCUUGGCAAAGAAACAGCAGGGAUAUUCUUAGUCAGGAAAGAGGGUAAUGUGAACAACAUGGUCCUCGCAGUCCGCCUGCCGGUGCAGAACGAGGAUCCUGGUGUGCUGGAGUACAACAUCAAAGAAGAAAAAUCAAUCCUGUACCUGGAAGGAUCUGUCCUGGUAUUUGAGGAUGUCUUCAAACUGGUUGCCUUCUACUGUGUUAGUAGGGAUUUGCUGCCCUUCACCCUGAAGCUGCCACAAGCAAUAUUAGAAGCCAGUAGCUUUCAAGACCUUGAAAUUAUCUCUAGUCUGGGGAUAGAUUUUUGGGAUUCCUACUUAAACCACAGAAGAAGAGAAGAAUUAUCCCAUCCUGCAAAAGACCCAGACAGUUCAAGAUCUACCCAGCGUUUUGCAAGUAGCACAAACCAUUGCUCAUGUGAAAUUGAGCUGUCAAUAGGAAAUGACAGGCUGUGGUUCGUGAAUCCUAUUUUUAUAGAAGAGUGCAGUAAUCCUUUUCCUCCAGAUGUACCUCCUCCUAAAAGCCACACUGUGACCGUCGAUCUCCCCCCUGCCACCAUGAUCACUGAAAGGAGGUCUCCCCGCCGGCCCCCUCCACCUCCACCUUCUCACGCUCCGGUUCAGAAAUUUUCUCUGAAGCUCCCACAGGAUCCUAUGACUGCUUGUGAAGAAAACAAGCUGUUUCUUAAGCCACUAGGAAAGAGCAUAGAGGAAAUGAAAGCUGAGGGCGGUGACAGUAAAAAAGAAGAAAGGAAGCAGAGCUGCUCUGUCAGUGAGCUCUCAGCAGUGAGCCCUGAGAAGGGCUCCCAGCCCUCUGUCCCCCCACGGAGGCGGCUGUAUGAGCGGACCUCGGAGGAGAGCUGUGCGGGUAAGCCUGAAAGUUGUGAAACGAGGAAAGGGGAAGGGACAGAAGAAAAACAAGAUACAAGUACAGAGAGCAGAGAUAAAAGGUUACUGUGCAAAAAGGGUAUAGAAAUGCCCGGGGAGGUUUCCAAAAGGGCUGUAUCACGGUUUCAGGAGAUGAAGCCAGAACCUGCAGAGAAGAAGGAGGACGUGCCUGAGAUAAAAAUCAAUGCCAUUGAGAAAGGAAAGCCACCUCCUAUUCCACCACCAAGAAGGAAGAGGCUUUCCCAGGUACCAAGGAUCCAAAACUCCAGCCAGUCGAAGCUAAGAACAGUGGCAGAGACGGCCACAGCCACAGCUCAAGCUGUGUGCAAGAACAGCCCAGCUACAGUGGCAGGUGGUGCUACUUGCGCACACACCAAGACUGAACCAGAACAUGGCCACAAGCCUGUCAGCUCAGCUGAACUGAAAGGUUUGCACUUGUCCCUGGAGGACGUGGGAGGCAGCACAACAGCUCAAGCGUCAGCAUCUGAACCAGACUCCUACUCUACCAGCAGCACAGAGGAUGACAUGGAGAUGCUGAGUAGUUCAUCCGGUAAAAAGACACACUCCAUAAUCUUGGCCAAGGCCAAGAACAGGCUGUCCUUUGUAAACCUGUCCAACGUCUUCACAGUCUUUUUGUCUAGUGACAGGAAGCUGCAGAAGAAGAUAGUGGAACUGGCACAGGACAAGGAUUCAUACUUUGGCAACCUGGUGCGGGACUACAGAGUGUACAGUUUAGAGAUGAUGGCAAAACAGAGCUCCAGUACAGAGAUGCUACAAGAAAUCCGGUUGAUGAUGACACAGCUGAAAAGUUACUUAGUGCAGAGCACUGAGUUGAAAUCUCUGAUAGACCCAGCCUCCUACACUGAGGAACAGUUAGAAGUGAUUGCUGAGACAGCUUUAUACAAAUGUGUCCUGAAACCUUUGAAGGAAGCAAUUAAUUCUUCGUUAAAAGAAAUACACACUAAAGAUGGAUCCUUACAGCAGCUGAAAGAGAAUCAACUUGUGAUACAAAACACAACUACCACUGACCUAGGCAUCAUGACCAGUGUGCCUGAAACAGUUGUGAUGGAAAAGAUCCUUCACAAAUUCACAACCAUGCACAAGACCUACUCCCCAGAAAAGAAAAUUGCCAUCUUGCUGAAGACCUGCAAGCUCAUCUAUGACUCCAUGGCUCAGGGAAACCCAGGGAAGCCAUAUGGUGCAGAUGACUUCCUCCCUGUGCUCAUGUAUGUGUUGGCCCGCAGCAACUUGACUGAAGUCCUUCUGAAUGUGGAGUAUAUGAUGGAACUCAUGGACCCUGCACUGCAGCUAGGGGAAGGUUCCUAUUAUUUAACCACCACCUAUGGGGUCCUGGAGCACAUCAAGAACUACGACAAAAUCACCGUCACGCGGCAGCUGAGCGUGGAGGUUCAGGACUCCAUUCACCGCUGGGAGCGACGGAGGACGCUGAACAAGGCCCGAGCUUCCCGCUCAUCAGUGCAGGAUUUCAUCUCUAUCUCCUUUCUGGAAAUCGGUGCUCAAUCAAGGACACUUGCUUCCCGGAGCGACACCACAGCUGAGAAGCUGAGCCAGCAGUGUGCUGAGAAGUUUGAAGUCUCCAAUCCCAAGGACUAUGGACUCUUUGUUUAUGUUGAUGACCAGUGGCUGCAGCUGGAUAAAGAUGCCCUUCCUCACCAUAUUAAAUCCUCCCUGCUGAAGAGUGAAACCAAGAAAGAUUUCCAUUUUAUUUAUAAACCAAUAGACCCUAAAACCCCACCAGUUCCAAUUGUCAAAGAGUCAGACUUUCUCUAAUGGGCUGUGCUGUUUUUUUGCUGCAUUUGCUGUCAUCCUGGAAGGGCUGGAUAGUUUACCUUGUGAGAUCCUCUGGUAUCUGCAGUUCUCAAAAGGUCUCUGGAGUGUGGCCUUCAACACAGGGCAGGUGGGCUAAUUGUAGAUGCUGUCUGAACACAGGGCAUUUCUCAGCAGAGUUCAUUUGCAAAAGUAAAAGGAGCAUUCAGGAGAACGUUCAUCCUCUGGAAAACUUGAAAUAUCAAGCCUCAUAACCUCCCACUGGCAACCAGCUGACAUUGCACAAUGUAAACGGACAGUGGAGAAAAUCCAGAUAUCUUGCAGAAAAGUGGACAUUUACUUCAUACUAAAUUAAUGCAGGUGUGAAUCACCUCUGUGCACAAGGCCUGUGAAAGGUCUGCACACACUUACUUCAAUCUGUUUGGAGAUAAGACUGUGUUUGUGCCUUACAAUAUCUGUUCACCUAGUUUGAAUAAACUGGGUCUUGUCUGAUGUAUUCAGUGGCAUAGGGAUGUCACCUUUAGCAGAACUCCAUCUCCGUCUUGCUGUCAACAACAUGUCUUUGCCUUUGAAAUCCAUGUAAUUACAAACCAUGCAAGAUGAUCCUGUGCCUUCACUAAGAAUACAUUUUUUGCCAUCUAUUUUUCACUGAAAUCAGGUAGCUUAGGAAUUUUCAUCACUGUAUUUUUCUUAAAGGCUGGAAGUCUUCACCAUCAGUUUUAUAUGUACAGCAGUUUUAAUCACAUCGGUUGUAUGAUAGUGUUUGGUUAGUUGUAUAUUUAUUUCAAUGUGUGAUAUGGUGCAAUUAUUUUGAAAUAAGCCUGUGUAAAGAACUUAAUAAUUUGCCCAGUGUAUCAAACCAGAUUAAAAAUUUAAAGUCAAAAA